AUGGCUCUGGAUUUUUGGGAAAAAAAAAAGAUGAUCAAAACCUUGUUUCUCGUUUUCUUGUUCUUCCAUGUAACAUCAUCCCAAAAACUUGGGCGUCGAAAUUUACCCUUAACUCCGCAAAUUCCUGCCCCUGCACCCAAAAAAUGGUCCACCUUAAGCGGCAACGAGCCACUUGUAAUAGCUCGUGGUGGGUUCACGGGUCUAUUCCCUGAAGGCAGCACCGAAGCAAUUGCCAUAUCUAAGGAUAUUAGCAUAUUUCUAUGCAAUGUUCAAUUCACAAAAGAUAGUGGUGCCUAUUGUGUGACAGGAAUUAAGCUUGACAAUACAACAAAUAUAGCAAUGUUUGAUCCAAAAGAGAAAACUUACAAUAUUUAUGGGCAAGAAGUGCGAGGACACUUUGCAGUAGAUUACACUGGUUCUCAAAUUGAUCAAAAUGUGUCGAUGAAUCAGGCCAUUUUUUCUCGACCCAGUUUUUAUGAUGGCAUGUAUCCAGUACUUAAUGUUGAUGGUAUACUAGGUGGUAAAUCUCCACCCAGGUUUUGGUUGAAUGUUCAGUACGAAGAAUUCUAUAACCAACACGGAGUAAAGUUGGAUGAUAUUGUUCUAGAAAUAUUGAGACUUUAUCAAGUAGACUUUGUGUCAUCUCCAGAGAUUGGUUUUUUAAGGAGAAUAAAUGGGAAAGUACCAAAGAAAGCAACGAAGGUCAUCUUUCAACUUCUUAAUACUAAUGAUGCUGAACCAACAACCAAGGAACUAUAUGGCACCAUUGUGAAAGAUCUUGCUACAAUCAAGUCAUUUGCAUCAGGUAUAAUGGUUCCAAAGGAAUACAUAUGGCCAAUUAAACCAAACAAGUACUUAGGGCCUCCAACAACACUAGUACCUGAUUCCCACAAACAAGGUCUAGAAGUGUAUGCUUCUGGUUUUGCUAAUGAUUUCUUUUCUAGUUAUAAUUAUAACUAUGAUCCUACAGUAGAGUACUUGCAAUUUAUAGAGAAAGGGGAUUCUGUUGAUGGUUUUGUUACUGAUUUUGCUCCAACGGCAUCAAAUGCCAUAGCAUGCUUUGCUCGUAAUAACACCCUACCAAAAAGAGGGAAAGCUUUGAUCAUAAGCAACGAUGGAGCAAGUGGUGUUUAUGCGAGUUCCACUGAUCUAGCAUAUCAACAAGCAAUAGAGGAUGGGGUUGACAUUAUUGAUUGCUCAGUUCAAAUGACAAAGGAUGGAAUUGCAUUAUGCUCAAGUACUGCAGACCUAAUGACAGAUACAACUGCAAUGACUAAAUUCACGUCUCGAACUUCCAAAGUUCCUGAAGUUCAACCAAAUAAUGGGAUAUUCUCCUUUGACCUCACAUGGAAUGAGAUUCAAUCCUUGCAACCCCAAAUUGUUAGCCCUCUUGGCAAUGACUUCCAGAGAAACCCAGCAAACAAAACUAGUGGUAAACUUAUAACCUUCUCUCAGUUUUUAGAGUUAGCUAAGGCAAAGGCAGUUACUGGAAUUUUGGUUAAUAUUAAGAAUGCUGCUUACCUUGCAUCAAAAAAAGGUCUCGACAUUGUUGGUGUUGUAAGCACUGCCUUAAGUAAUGCCACCUUUGACAAGCAAUCCACACAACUAGUCAUGAUCCAAUCUGAUGAUAGUUCAGUGUUAUCUAAGUAUAAGGACAUCCCAUCUUAUAAAAGGGUAUUGUUAAUUGAAAAUAAAAUAGGUGACACGCCUAAGCAAACUGUGGAUGAAAUCAAGAAGUAUGCAGAAGUAGUCAAUCUUCCAAAAUCAUCUGUUAUCAAAGCAUCUGGUUCCUUGUUAACAGGAAUGACAAAUAUUGUUAAAGAGUUGAAAGAUGCAAACCUUACAGUAUUUGUCCGUACUCUUAGAAAUGAGUACAUGUCAUUGGCUUUUGAUUACUGGUCAGACCCUAAUGUGGAGAUAGCUACAUACAUCCAUUCUGCCAAGGUUGAUGGAAUAGUGACUGAUUUUCCAGCCACUUCUAGUAGAUAUAUGAGAAGCCCAUGUAGUGAUACCCACAACGUGCCAACCAUCUUACCAGCUCAACCUGGUGACCUACAAAGCACGAUUGAGCCUGAGUUACUACCACCAGCAGAAGCACCACUUCCACCCCUAGAGGUUGCAAAUGUUGUUGAUCCACCACUUCCUGCAGUGGUUAAUGUGGAUAGAACUAAUCCUGCUAAAGCACCUACCCGUCCACCACCUCCUUCAAAUGCCUGGGCAAAUUUUUUUAGUUUAAGUCUCUCCUUAGUGACAAUCUUUUUGUACUUCCUAUGA